ACGUACUCGUACGUGCGUAGGUAGGUAGGUAGGUAGAGCGAGAGAGGCUAUCAUGUACGGGCCGUGGGUGCGACCCAUGGGUGUUUCGCGGUUCGUUGCGGAUCGAUAACACGGUGAAGAAGAGUAUCGAGAGAGCGCGGCGCGCGUCUGGAUCGACCUAAAGUAGUAGGAACGCAGCUGUUCGCCGUAGUAGUGGCACGUUCCCCGUCGCGACUCGCCGAGGGAGAUUGCCUGUCGCCGACUGGCGCCGCGCUGGUCCUCGCUUCGCGUGUCCUCUCACGUUUGUUUCGAUCGAGGGGAUCACCUGGUAGCCCGCUGCUACCUGUAAGCGGUCAGAGCGACAAACGGAAGUCGCCGAGAAACGUCGACCGUGAAACUUGGCUGGAACUGGUCGGGCGGGAAUGAAACGAGGUCAGUCGUCAGUUUGCGUUGAUAUCGGUGACUGGAGGAAAUGAAAGUAACGAAAGUAAACGUAAUGGUAGAUGCGGCAAAAUAAAACGGCGCUUGCGCCACGCGGAUCGCGAACGACCACGCGCUGCGACGAGCGGAAAAGGGAGAGACAGACGCGCGUUGCAGUGACGACUUUCGGAGACGACGCGACGCGACGCGUGCACGCGCAGGUGUUUCCGUGGAUAAAUACACCGGCAAACGAACGAAAAGGCGCACGUUGCAACGGUUACACAUACUGUCACGUACAAUCACGAUGAACGAAUAAACGGAGGAGCUCUAUGUGUAAUUAUAGAACAUCGGCCGAGCGUGAAGAGGCGGCAAUGAAAUCGAACGUGCUUAUGGCUCGACCAAGUGGGAACAAUUACGAUUACAGUCACGAUCACAGUCAUCACGCUCAUCACGGUGAUCACACUGUUAUCGGCGACGUCACCGUGCCGAGAUUGCCUUUCAAAGGAUCGAGAUCGAUCAGAGAGAAGUAUCGUUAGCCUACACAGACCACACACGAUCUCUGCAACGAUAACGACGCGAAUAACGUCUUCUCGACGUCUUCCCAAACGCGAGCCCCCUCGGUACAUCGAGAGAGAGAGAGAGAGAAAGAA